AUGUCUGGUGAGGCCUCCUCUGAUAUAAAAAACACAAUCAAAAAAGUGUCGUUCCGACAGCUGGACACCCGCUUUAAGAGAAGCAUGCCCUUGUAUGGACAGAUCUUCCUAGAAGAUGCUGCAGGAGAGCCUAUUUCCAAUGAGACGGUGGUAUUGUAUAUUGGUUUCGAUGGAUCAAACCACACCUACACCACAGGGCCCGAUGGAACAGCAGACUUCUCUAUUGAUACCACAACAUUCUAUCAGAAUUCCAUAACACUAACGAUCUCUCACAAGUCAAGAGAUAAACACUGCUACAGUGACUCUACGUUGUUCCCCACAUAUCAAGAGGAGUCUAGAACCAUUAACCAUUUCUACUCCAGAAGCAAAAGUUACCUAAAGAUACAGCCAAUAUUCCACACUCUGAAAUGUGGGGAGCAUGAGAGCCCCACAGUGCACUACAUACUGACUCCAGAAGGGGUUAGAAACAUGAGCCAUGCUGUGUUCCAUCACCUGGUAAUGUCAAAGGGAAAAAUUAUUGAUACUGGAAAUCAUAAAGUGGAACUCAAUGCAAAACAAGUUUCACAUGGACAUUUUACAUUUAAGCUUCCCGUCAGUGUUAAUACAGCACCCUUGGCCAAAGUGCUGGUCUAUCUCAUUCUGGAUGGUAGUGAGGUCAUCGCAGACAGCGUCAGCUUCAAAGUAGAAAAGUGCUUUGGAAACAAGGUGAAGAUUUCAUUAUCUGAUAAUCAAGUUCUGCCAGGUGCAAACACCAAUCUUGUCCUCUCCUCUCUGCCAAACUCCCUGUGUGCACUACGGGCUGUUGAUUCCAGUGUAUUGUUGCUGAAACCAGAAGCUGAACUGUCUGCAAAUACGGUGUAUGACCUGCUGCAAGUUACAGACCUUUCAGGCUACUACCAUGAGGGAUUAAACUUAGAGGAGCCACGUGAAGAUCCCUGCCUGCAAGUGGAGCCCAUCUUUUUAAAUGGAGUAUAUUACAAUCCAUCUGUCCCUACAUGGGACGCUGACACCUACAAAAUCAUGAAGGAUCUUGGGCUGAAGGUUGCCACAAACACCAUCAUCAGGAUUCCAGUACUAUGUGGGAACCGGGCUACUGGUUUUUCCUAUAGUAGCCCCGUUGGAGGAUUAGGUACAUCCAGAGAAACAGACAUUAUAUCAAUGGCUGAGCCAAGCAUGGCAUUCAUGAUGACUGGUGCUCCAAUGAGGAGAGUGGGAGCACAGACUGUGGAAGAACAGUUAGUGGAAACUGUCAGGAAGUUUUUCCCUGAAACGUGGAUUUGGGACUUAGUAGAAAUAGAUAAUGUUGGACAAGCUGCCAUGAAACUGACAGUACCAGACACCAUAACAACAUGGAACAUGGGGAUGUUCUGUACAUCAGAGGAAGCAGGCUUUGGGCUUGCAGAACCAGUGUCAAUGGUGACUUUCCAACCUUUCUUCCUGGACCUCACCCUGCCAUACUCCGCUGUACGAGGAGAGAAGUUCACAUUAAUAGUUUCUGUGUUUAACUACCUGACACAAACCAUCAGGGUGGUAAUUAAUUUGGAAAAAUCGGACAAAUUCACAGCUAAAACCAUGAACACAGAAGAGGAAGGUCAGUGUAUACAAGCAAACGGCAGAGUGACCGUAGAAUAUGAAGUGAUCCUACAGUCUCUUGGUGAAGUGAACUUUACGGUGAGUGCUCAGACUCUGCAAGGAGGAGGAAUGUGCGGAAAUGAGAUUGUAAACCCAACACAAGGGAGGAAGGACACAAUCACCAAACAAAUUCUUGUGGAGCCUGAAGGAUUUGAAAAAGAGGAGACACACUCAGCCAUGGUCUGCGGUAAAGGCACUGCGAUAGCAGAAACAAUUUCCCUGAAGCUCCCAAGCCAGAUAGUGGAAGGUUCUCAACGUGCCUACUUCUCUGCGAUUGGUGAUAUCAUGGGAACAGCAAUGCAGAAUUUAGGUAAUCUGCUAAAGAUGCCGUCUGGAUGUGGGGAACAGAAUAUCGCUCUUUUUACCCCCAAUAUCUUCAUAUUGGAGUACCUCAAUAAUACCGGUCAGCUGACCCCAGAGCUCAAAUCAAAAGCCUUGAGCUACCUGAGCACAGGAUAUCAGAAGCAGCUGAUUUACAAACACUCUGAUGGCUCAUAUAGUGCUUUUGGACCUCGGUUUGGAGAAGGGAACACUUGGCUAACGACGUUUGUUCUCAGAUCCUUCUCCAAGGCUCAGUCACACAUUUACAUUGACCCAAAACAAAUAUCAGACAGCUUGAAGUGGCUUUUACAGAGACAGAAAGACAACGGCUGCUUUCAUAACAUGGGACAACUCUUUAAUAAUGCUUUAAAGGGAGGAGUGAGUGAUGAAACAGCAUUGGCUGCCUACAUUACCAUAACACUGUUGGAAAUCAAGUUGCCUGUUACGCACUUGGUGGUCAAUGGUGCCUUGUUGUGCCUGGAGAGGGCUAUAGGUAAGGAAAUGGACCUCUACACAGAAGCAUUAAUGGCGUAUGCUUUCACACUUGCUGAAAAACUGGAACUUCGUUCCCGACUCCUUCAUGACCUUGAUGACAAGGCCAUUAAACAAGAUGGUACAAUCCACUGGCAUCGGCCAGAAUCCUCAGAAGACUCUGCAAUUGUAAGAGACCCUUACCGCAGAGCCCCAUCUCUGGACGUUGAGAUGGCUUCCUAUGUCCUGCUGGCUAUGUUAUCCAAACCCAAGAUCAAUGAUGAGGACAUGACACAUGCAUCAAAGGUGGUCUCAUGGAUCGUAAAGCAGCAGAAUCCCACUGGUGGUUUUUCAUCUACCCAGGACACAGUAGUUGCUCUUCAAGCCCUAGCCAUGUAUGGCUACUUUGCUCACCAACACGAUGGUCCUCGUGAAGUAGCCGUCACCCUUGGUGAAGUUCCAGUUUCCAAACUCUAUGUAGAGGACUCAAACCGCCUGCUUCUGCAAAGUGUCCGGCUACCUGACAUUCCUGGGGAAUACACUGUUUUCCAUCAAUGGACCUGGCUGUGUUUAUAUACAGAGUACUCUGAAAUACAACAUACCUCCUCCUGAAGGUGAAGCUCCAUUUACCAUCACAGUAACUACAGUACCGAAGACAUGUAGCCCCAAAUCCUUCAAGUCUUUUGGCAUCUCGGUCAAUGUAAGCUACACUGGCAGUCGUGUGAACUCCAACAUGGCGAUAGCAGAAAUAAAGCUGCCAUCUGGGUACAUCCCAAUAAAGGCUAGUGUCAAACAGCUGUCAAUCAACAGAAUAAUCAAGAAGACAGAAAGCCAUCCUAACAAAGUUAUUGUCUACUUCGAAAAGCUUACCAAGGACAUACAGAAUUUUAAGUUCUCCAUUGAACAGGAUAUUCCUGUGAGCAAUCUUCAGCCGGCCACUGCCAGGAUCUUUGACUACUAUGAGCCAGGCGAUUCUGCGGUGACAAAGUAUAGCGCCCCCUGCAGUUCAAGAGGUAUGACAUGACAAUAGCA